GAGACCGAUGCUGUUAAGAGCGAAAGGGCCAGGAGAAGGUGGGGAGUGAAGAUGAAGGUGUCUGUAGCCUCCGGCGCGGGAGGAGGUGGGGGGCAGGAGUAUUAGGGGAUUCCCGGGCAAGGGCUCUGAAAUCGGGCGGGUCUUGCUUUUGAGUAUUGCCAAGACUGCAUGGUAGGACUUGUCAAAGGCAGAAACAACUGAGUCCCUGGACUUCUGCUUUACAUUGAGAGCUCAGGAGUGGGCGUUUCAUUUUUCCUGCAUCUGGGAAGCCUGCAUGGCUAUGCAUUUUGACCUUUGAGAUUUGUGCAGCCCGAUACGGAAAGCAUGAACAGAAGAGACCAGCCAUUCACGGUGAUUCAGAGGAAUGACAGCUCAGAUAUCCUGGCAGUCCAUAUGAAAGGUGGGAUGAAGAACUCUAGGUAUAAGCCGGCAGACUACCAGCAGUUACGUGCCUUAACCGAAGCCACGAAGUCAGCAUCUGCUUCCUCAGAGCAGAAGAUCAGAAAAGCCAUGGAGACAUCAAGGGCGGCUAAAGAGCAGAUGCUGAUCAAGCAACACAAGCAGGUGUGGUGGCAGGAACAGGAGAGGCUGAAGGGGAUCAGAUGUAAAUUGGAGUCUGAAAUAAGAUCUCGUCUCAAUGAGGAGAGCAUUGGAGAUGAAUGUUUUUGUGAGCUUAUGAAUUUUGAGAAAGAGCUGUCAGAACAAUGGUGUGCGUACCUUACAGCUGUCAUCGACCCUCUUCAUCAGCUGAGAACAGGCCUGAAGAAACAGCGCCACACAUUGCAGAGUGCAUCUUGCCAUAAAGGGCCAGAGUCAACAACGAUUCUGGAAGAGGUUGACUUUGUCAAGAAGCAAUCCAAGGCUGCCUUUGAAAGACUUCAUCAGGAGCAACAGCACUUAGAAGAGGAACUUUCGGACUGGAGUGUGGAGUUACUAGGUCACUCUUCAGAGGAAAAGUCUAACCUGCUCAGCGGACAACCUACGGAGUUGGAAACGCUGGACUGCCCAUACCCUGAUCUGAAAUCGUCAAUCCUCAACGAGUUCAGUAACUUUACAGAGAAAUAUCAAGAGGAACUUGAAGAUUUUGAUCUGCAAUUAGAAGACAUACGCAGUAACUUCCAACUAAGUGAGGAAGAGCAGUGGAUUUACCAGGCUGUCUUAGACCAGUAUCCCGGAAAUCUCCUUGGCAGAAGGGCUCUGUACUUGGACAUGUUGCAAAGAUAUUUUCCUCACAAGUCCAGGCAUCAUUUGGUAGAACACGAGAGAUACUGUGACCAGUAUCAUUUUACUAGAGAGCAGAGAAGAAUUCUGAUAGACAACUGGAAUAGGAGCAGGGAAGACUUUAUACAGAAGGCCACGCUGACUCUGCUCGAGGCCUGUGAAGCCCACGAAAUGGAGAGCAUGUUGGCCAAGGACAGGAAACGGCAACAGGAACUGUGUGCUGACCUGAAAGCCAAGCAAGGCGUGUGCCCUCCUGCAUGCGGUCAGCCGUCUUUCUGCUUCUCCAUCAUGAAGUGCUUCGGCCAGAUGUCGUCACUAGGAUACCAGCGUACGCUAUUUGAACCCUCUAGCUAUCAGAAUUGUGAAACCAACAAAAUCGUGUGCAAGUUCUUUCACUUCAGCUGUUACAACAACAGAAAACAGACAUGGGUGUGUGAACGUACCCUUGUAAGUGAGAAGAAAAAACAGAGAAGAUACAGACACAUGCCGAAGUAGAUUUUUAUUGUCCUGCAGAUACAGCGCUAGCUUCGGAAUUUGCAUUCCUAAUGAGAGACUAAGACUCGGUAAAUAGCUGGGAUGAAAUAUAUUACAAGAGGAAAGAGAUAAAUCUGUAAAUUGUGCAGUAAUCUAAAAUGUUCAAUUAUCCUUACAAGUUUUGACAUGGACGAAAUCAGGAGAUUUAUCCCUUCGCCGUCCUUUUACAGAUCUGGGAGAUGAAGUGACGGCCUAAGGUUCAUGCUAGCUUGAAAUUCAACACUGUCUAUCUAUCUUGGCCCCACACAGGCUUGCAUGCAAGAACUCUAGAAUAAUAGAAGGUAAUUAUUAUACUGUUGGGCCCAGGUGUGCUAUGUAUUAGAGCCACGGAAUGUGGGAAAAUAUUACUUCAUUGUGGCAUAAAUUUGACCUUUCAAAAACUAAUACACCAGCUAUAAUAAACAUCAAUUAAACAUUUAACCAUAAUUUUGUUCUCAGACUUAGAAUUUAAAAGCCUUUGGAGGAGUCAGUUGGAUGAUUUACGUCUUAAGAAAAACAUAAAAGUAGCUUUGGAAUGCCGGAUGCCUGCCUGUCCUUUGUCCUUUUGGUGUUCUGACAGUAAUGGUUGCUGUAGCAAAGCGCGGAGGUGGUUAGGCAUCUCACUCUCAAGAUGAGAUGGGGAGAAGCAGGUGCUCAUAACUCCUGCUCCCAGGAAACCUGCAGUCCUUGUCCGUGUUCAGCUCAGACCAUCCUGUUAGCUCUACAGGCGAUAUCCUGUCUUCAGGGCUCAACCGCAGAGGCUUCCCAGAGACGUCUCAUUAGUGACUUUUCCUUGCUUCCAUGCUGAGUGAUUGUGUACUGCUGUGGAAAAGGAAGCGCCCUCUGGACUCCCGUGCCAACUGGGAGGCUUGCCCUCCCCUGCGUGUUCCUUCUGUGGCUAUUUAGGUUGGGCACUUCCACUUGCCCAACACCAUGCACCCAGGUGCCCAGGCUCAGUGACAGACAUCUAGUUAUCAAGAAAAUCAUGCCACUGGGGAACAAAAUCACCCCUAUUCCAUCCCCCGACCCUGCACAUCUUUUUGUUCUUGGUGGUGAUAACCUUCCUGCCCAGGCUUCCUGUGGAGGCAGCGAGUAGUACCCUCGGGGUGUUCCGGUCCAGUCCUCCCUAAAGUCUGCUACUUUCCCACGUGACACUGGAGCCUGCUGGCUCUACUUUCUGUGUUUCUUGAUCUUUUUAGUAUUUUCCUUUACUUAUAGACCGUCUCCUCUCCAAGGAAACCUCUUGGCUCAAAGUUGCCUUCUGCACCGGGGACGCGGUGGGGUGGGGGUGGUCCAUCGCUCACUUUCAUGUGACAUCAGCCUUCCUACUCCAUUCAACCUGGUUCUCGGACCCCUCUAGUUUUCUGUUCAUGGUUAUGAGUGGCCUAAUUCUCCAGAGGUUUUCAUCUUCUCCACAUACUCUGAUAACCACCCACCUUCCUCACUCUUGACUUUUUCGAGUUCUAUUAAGGGAUUCUCGCUAUCAUGUCAAGUGUCUAGGUGUCCACACAACUCUAAAACACUGGCAACCUCUGGAUUCCUUCCCUGUCUCCUUGUUCUUGUUUUAUUCCAUUGCCCACUGAGAACCCUCAUGACUGUACUUCUUCUCUCAGAUACGUUCCCAAGCCCCAAAUAACUCUCUCCUGACUUUGUCUAGCAAUACACUGACUAUAUUAAUUUUAGAAGUCUCCAGAUGUCUCAAAACUGGCAUCAAAAAAGGAAAUAUUGAGGUUUCCUAUUGUAAAUGGUACUUUUUUCUUGAAACUUUGUUUCUUAUUCUCCCUCACUGUUACAUUCAUUUGAUAACAUUGGAGAACUGUCUGUUUUAGCCCUACGCCCUUCCUUUUCUGCCCUUGAUCCCUGCCUUACUUCUUAAACUAUGUACUCUACUUCUGUGCCUUACAUUCUGCCCUCUCCAAGUCUUUCCCUUAAACCAGAGGCAGAAUUCUCUGCCUUAAAUACAGUUCAGAGCCUGGAGUGAUAUUGUGGACCUACACACUCCAGCGCUCACAGGGUGUGGCAGAAGGGAUUUGAGUACUAGAUCACUCUGGCCCUGGGAUAUAUAGCAAGACUUGUUCUCAACAACAAGCAAGGUAGUAGAAGAAGGGGGGAGGGAGGGGGAAAGAAAAUAAGUUUUUUACAAAAAAGACUUGUUUUGCUAACUCAUCAGAAGCAUGCCUUGUUUUACAAUAAUGGGCAAACUUCUUGGUUUUCAGGUUCUCAAUAAAUUGGAUAUGACUUUUUUUAGCUUUCUUUCUCAACACGCUCCACUCUACGACUUUGCAAGCGAGGAAGACCAAGGCACUGGAACUCACUCUUCCUUUUCUCCUGCUAUGGCACUGUAUACUGUACACUCUCCUGGCCCCACACUUUUCUCUGUUGCUGUUGGCUCUGCUGGCAUGUUUCUCUGGUUUCUCUUUGCCCGAUUAUAUCUUGACCACCUUUCAAGACUUGGCUCAGAUGUCUAUUGCAGAAAGACUUCAUUGAGUCUAUAAUUAGAUUUAAUAUAUUCUUUGUUCUCUCUGGUCCCUGAUACCUAACUCUGGCCUGCCACUAAGUAUGAUUAUAUAGCACAUUAAAAAAAAAACCAUGUCGGCAGCACAGCUGCAGGUGACACCCCAAUUUUUUCAUUUUGGUACUUUAUAAACUCCUCCUCUUCCCCAAUACAUUUUCCAGUGUUUGGACUAUGACAGGUCCUCAGUAAAUUCUGUGGAAGCAAAGUACAUAAGUUGCAGGCAUUUCUCCCCCUUCUCACUGCAUCCUGACACAGCGAUGUUUCUAUUACCUUCUUUUUUACUUUAUUUAUGAGGAAGCUUGCUGUAGAAGCAAGUAUAUUACGUGCGAAGUCAUUAGAAGGCGAAGUAUAAGACUUAAUUACCAACACUGAAUAUGCUAAGAUGUUAGAUGCAGUUGUAAAAAUAAACCUUGGUUACCUAUAAAACUGGGGUGUACGUCCACUGUGAACCGAAUCACCCGGCUCUUGGUUUUCUUCUUCCUGUCACAUUUCUGUGCCCCUGUUUUUCAUUUCCAGUUGACUGAAUGACCUGGUCAUGAACCCCUAGUAGUGGUGGAAAUGAGAUAAUGUGAGUUAGACAACAGUGUUUUGAAUAAACAUCAUCUGAGCUCACUCGCCAUGAUGGGAGCCCCUCACACCAUCAGUUCUCUCUGUCACCUCCUCUUGUUUCGGUCUCCUGUUGCUGUUGGAGAAUAACCUUGGCAUUGGCGUCCGCCAAUGAGACGAGAGAUACUCAAAUCCAGAUGGAGAGUUUUUUGAGUGUAAUUGGAGAGGUGAUGAAUAACUGCUAUCAGACUGAGUCUGACUCAAACCAUAAAGUAAAAUUUAAAGAGGUUUAUACACGGGGCUGAAGAGAUGGCCUGGCAGUUAAGAGCACUGACUACUCUUCCAGAGGUCCUGGGUUCAAUUCCCAGCAACCACAUGAUGGCUCACAACCAUCUGUAAUGGGAUCCGAUGCCCUCUUCUGGUGUGUCAGAAGACAGUUACAGUGUGCUCAUAUAAAUAAAAUAAAUAGAUAAAAGGGUUUAUAUGUAUUUGGCAACCAUGUACAGGUAAGAUCCAUGAAAUAAGAGCUUUGAACGUGAGCCCAUAUUCACCCUGAAUUUCAUCAUGAGACUAUUUUAAAUAUGGAAAUAUGGAGAGGUGUAUAACACAAGCAGAGAACAGUAUUGAUAGGAGACUCUGGCUACAGAGAGAACUGGGUUUAAAGCAGGUAGAAUUUUAGAGGUUAAAAGGGGAUUUUAGAGGUAAAGAACCUCUAAAACAUGUAUAGAGACAAUCCUUACGACUUUUUCCACCUUACAAAUCUCUGAACGUGCAGGGGAAAUAUUAAAAAACCAACCAAGAGAAGAUGCUAGGAGCUAAAUGGGAAUCCCAGAGGUCAGAGAACACAGUGCUGUACAGGUUUGGAGUUGAAGUUCUAGCGCAGCCCAACUGGGAGAUCAAGAAGCAGAGACCUUCAGCCAGAAGUAGGGCUAAGCUUCCGCUUUCCAAGCCACCUUCAUCUGUGACGGAUCACUGGUUGGAAACCAAGCCAUUCAAACGCAUGAACUUACAGAGACAUUCUUAUUCAAAUCAUAACACAGUAUAAGCAGGAACUGAUCCUUCAGACACAAAAGACCCUACUUCAGAUUGCCGUUGAGACAGAGGUGGUCCCCAAGGCUUAGCUACCGGCCACAUGCCUAAGUGACUACAAACAGGGUAAAGGACGCGUUCACCACAUAGGAACCCUAGUGUCCAUACAUGUCGUUUACUUUUCUGUUAAUUUCUUGCCUCAUCUCAAGGAAUACUUGCUGUGUAAUAGAAGAUGUAGAAGUUGCAUCUCAGAUCUUAGUGGCCCAUAUGCAAAACACUUCCUUGGUCAGAUCAGGAUUAAAAAAAAAAGACAAUGAUUGGAGGUUUUAGAUGUCUAGUGUACCAUAUGAAUUAAAGAUGCAACAGUUUUUUUUCAACUUAAGACAUUUACUUAUUAAUGCAUUGGCAUGAUUAAUUGGGCCAUGUCCCAUCAGCAUAAUCAGUAUUAGCAUGAUGCUCUUCCUUGUAGGCUCUAAAGUGGGGAGGCAUUCAUAAGGGAGUUCCCGGUGGGGAAUAUGCAUUGAGAGAGGGAAGGGAGGUCCUAGGAGCCCUAGGAUCAAUGCCAGAAAGUCUUUUUUUGGUGGCAGCAGCAGACAGCAUUUCCUAUAGGCAGCUGUUUUGUACUAUCUGUGGCUCUUGGCAGGUAGCUAAUUAAAAUUCCACUGGGUUUGGAUACUUGAUGAAUCUACAGACUAUUUUCAAGUAAAAUAUUCCAAGUAGUCCAACUCUUAAAAUGCCUUGGUUUUUUAAAGCUGAUUUGCCUGCAUUGGGUCUAGUUUAUAAAGUUUAAAGGAGGCUGUACAUUUUUAUGCUCUUUAUGAUGAGAGUCUUAUAUCCCAGUAGCAAGUCAUAACAAUAUCUCACUAGAUGUUUUGCAAAUGAAGAUGCUUGGUCUAGAAUAUAGAUGUUUGUAUCUUAUUGUGACUGUGCACAGUAAGAAGAUAAGUCAGCCGUAAUACCAAGUUCUGGAUAAUUAAUGAGGGAGGGAAGUCACAACUUGGAGUUGGAAAAAUCAGGGUUUUUAAAAUACUUGUGGAAAAACAAAACCAUGGCUAUUUAAAGAGAAUCCUAAGUGUGUCUGAUGGAACAGAACAGGUUAUCCAGAAACAAAGCUAGACAUUGUAGAUUUGUUGAAUUCCAGCAAAGACACAAAGUUAAUCAAUCCCAAGUGAACAAUUGUUGUAAACCAUUGACUCUCCGUGUUACACACAAAUGACCCUCAGCUCAUACCACAUACCCUUAUAAAACAUGGCUCAAGUAUCAUAGACCUACAUGUAUAGACAACAUGGGAGGAAUUUCUUACAGUCUUGAGAUGGAAAAAGAUAUCUUAGACAUGACACCAAAUGUAUUAUCUAAAAGAAAAAAGCGCGAUUAAUUAGAUACCCUCAAAAUUAUCAAAAGACACAAACAAGAGACUAAAACGUCAGGCUAAUCAACAAAAGAAUAUAUUUGUAUACUUAAUGUCUAAAAAAAGACUCAGAUUCAUUAUUUAUAAAGAAUUCUCAAAUACUAAUGAUAAGAAAUAAUUCAUUUUAAUAUGUAUGCAUGUGUUCUGCUUGUGCAAGGUGAAUGCAUGUUCAUAUGUAUGUAGGUACACAAGUGUGUAUGCACAUAUGCUUGCAGGCAUGUAGAAGUAUGACGUUGAUUCUAGAGGGGGGCUUUCUUAAUUGCUUUCCAUAAUAUUUAAUGACACAGGAUCUCACUUGAGCCUAAAGCUCACCCAUAUGACUAGUCUGGCUCUAGGGAUCUCCUCCAUGUUUUCUGAAAGCUGGAAUUACAAGCAGGCUAUGAUGCCCCCCCAGAAUUUACAUAGGUCCUGGCCUUCUAAACUCAGGUUAUCAUGCUGUGUGGCAUUUGUGUUCAUUGCUGGUUUCUCCUUAAACAUAUGAAGGGCAGGACAUAUUUUUAAUUCAUCUUUUGACUGCUCAUGAUUGACACCCGUCCUAAUCCAUACCGUUCUUAGCAAACACCACCGUAACCUGUACUGUGGGAGGAAUUUUGUGAUACCCAUGUGUGUUCUCUGAUAAUUUACUUGUGUUUCACACCACUUUCAUCUUUGAUGUUCAUGAUUAAGCGACUUCCACUGUAAAAUCUGUUGAUGACAUUAACUUAGCUGAGCAGUUGUGCCCAAGACAGUCCCCACUGUGUGUGUGUGUGUGUGUGUGUGUGUGUGUGUGUGUGUGUGUGUAUGUGUAUGUGUAAUACCCUUUUACUCUGGCAUC